AUGGCAGAUACAAUCCACAAAUUAUCAGCCCAGUACUUUCAACUUGUCGACCCACCAGAACUAACCAUUCCACCCGAUGAUGUCCUCGUGCGCCCCGAGGUCCAACACGCACUAUACAAGCAUAUGUUCGAUGAAUCUUUAACCCCGCUACCACCAACAACUUAUCGCAGCCGAAUUCUCAAAUUGCUCCUCGCGCGCAUCGAAAAUGGAAUUCAAAACCCAGAUGAACAUGAAAUCUCAGAUGACCUCAUGGAAUGUUGGGGUAAUCUCCUCUCCGAACCAAAACCCAGCGCUAUCGAGGCAGCGCAACAACUUUCCCACGUGAAAUAUACCGCUCCGCAAUCCGAAUCGCAUACUUCAGAUCGCACGGUCACAACUAUAGAAUCGCGCGGCGUGAUUCUGUCCGGUGGUACAACUGGUAAUCGUACCUGGGAAGCGGCGCUACAUUUGGAAUCUUUUCUUGCCUCCCCAGCUGGCGAGGCUCUUGUCACCGGGAAAAGGAUCAUAGAACUCGGUGCUGGAACAGGGUUUCUCUCUCUAUUCUGCGCGAAACAUCUUGGUGUGCGUGGUGUUGUUGCGACGGAUCGAGAGCAUGCGCUGAUUGAGACUAUGAAGGAAUGUAGAACGGAGGAGAUGGAGUUGCUUGUUGGAAAUGAGGAUUUGAAAUUUGAUGUUGCGCUUGGGGCUGACUUGGUUUAUGAUGCGGAUCUUGUCCCACUUCUCCUGUCGACUGUUCGAGACCUUUUUGACAAUUAUGGGGUCGAACAGUUUAUUAUGGCAGCGACUUUACGCAACGAGGAUACUUUUCAAACAUUUUUGACUGAGUGUGAAGCGUAUUCGUUCAAGGCUGAGUAUCUUCCGGUUCAGUCGACGAAUUUGGACGAACAGACUGGAUUCUUUCAUUCUACGACUAUUCCGAUUCGAAUGUACUGCAUAUCAAGGGGUUGA